GGCGAGUGUGUUCCUCUCGCCCUGUCAAUAAUCUCCGCUCCCAGACUACUCCGUUCCUCCGGAUUUCGAUCCCCCUUUUUCUAUCUGUCAAUCAGCGCCGCCUUUGAACUGAAAAGCUCUCAGUCUAACUUCAACUCUCUCAAAUCCGAGCGGCACGAGCUCCUCCUGCAUCUUCGGCUUCCCCCCCCCUUGCUCUUUAUAUCUGACUUCUUGUUGUUGUUGGUGUGUUUUUUUUUUACCCCCCUUUUUUAUUUAUUAUUUUUUUGCACAUUGAUCGGAUCCUUGGGAACGAGAGAAAAAAGAGACCCAAACUCACGCGUGCAGAAGAUCUCCCCCCCCUUCCCCUCCCCUCCUCCCUCUUUUCCCCUCCCCAGGAGAAAAAGACCCCAAAGCAGGAAAGAAAAAAAAAAAGUUCACCUUGGACUCGUCUUUUUCUUGCAAUAUUUUUUUUGGGGGGGAAGCGAAAACUUUUUUUGGGGUGGUUUUUUUUUUUUUUGGCUUUUCUUCCUCGUUUCGUUUUUCUUCCAAAAUUGCUGCUGGUGGGUGAAAAAAAUGCCGCAGCUGAACGGCGGUGGAGGAGAUGACCUAGGCGCCAACGACGAACUGAUUUCCUUCAAAGACGAGGGCGAGCAGGAGGAGAAGAGCUCCGAGAACUCGGCGGCGGAGAGGGAUUUAGCGGAUGUCAAGUCGUCUCUAGUCAAUGAAUCAGAAACGAAUCAGAACAGCUCCUCCGACUCCGAGGCGGAAAGACGGCCUCCGCCUCGCUCCGAAAGUUUCCGAGAUAAAUCCCGGGAAAGUUUGGAAGAAGCGGCCAAGAGGCAAGAUGGAGGGCUCUUUAAGGGGCCACCGUAUCCCGGCUACCCCUUCAUCAUGAUCCCCGACCUGACGAGCCCCUACCUCCCCAACGGAUCGCUCUCGCCCACCGCCCGAACCCUCCAUUUUCAGUCCGGCAGCACACAUUACUCUGCGUACAAAACGAUUGAACACCAGAUUGCAAUUCAGUACCUGCAGAUGAAAUGGCCCUUGCUGGAUGUCCAGGCAGGGGGCCUGCAGAGUAGACAGGCUCUCAAGGACGCCCGCUCGCCGUCGCCAGCUCACAUUGUUCAGAGCCCCCUCCCCUGCUGCACUCAGGGACAUGACUGUCAGCACUUCUGCCCCCCCUCAGACUUCACUGUCAGCACGCCAGUCUUCAGGGACACGAAAAGGAGCCACUCCUUACACAAGGUUGGGGAGCCCUGGUGUUUGGAGUCGAACAAAGUGCCGGUGGUGCAGCACCCUCACCAUGUCCACCCCCUCACACCUCUUAUCACCUACAGCAAUGAACACUUCACGCCCGGAAACCCACCUCCACACUUACCAGCCGACGUAGACCCCAAAACAGGAAUCCCCCGGCCUCCGCACCCUCCAGAUAUAUCUCCGUACUACCCGCUAUCGCCCGGCACCGUAGGACAGAUCCCCCAUCCGCUCGGAUGGUUAGUACCACAGCAAGGUCAACCAGUGUACCCAAUCACGACAGGAGGGUUCAGACACCCCUACCCCACAGCUCUGACCGUCAAUGCUUCCAUGUCCAGCUUCCUGUCUUCCAGGUUCCCUCCCCACAUGGUUCCACCACAUCACACUCUGCACACGACCGGCAUCCCCCACCCGGCCAUAGUCACACCCACAGUGAAGCAGGAAUCCUCCCAGAGUGACGUCGGCUCACUCCACAGCUCAAAGCAUCAGGACUCCAAGAAGGAAGAGGAGAAGAAGAAGCCCCACAUAAAGAAACCUCUUAACGCGUUCAUGUUGUAUAUGAAGGAGAUGAGAGCCAAGGUCGUCGCCGAGUGCACACUGAAAGAGAGUGCGGCCAUCAACCAGAUCCUGGGGCGGAGGUGGCAUGCGCUGUCCAGAGAGGAGCAAGCAAAAUAUUACGAGCUGGCCCGGAAGGAGCGACAGCUUCACAUGCAGCUCUACCCUGGCUGGUCCGCGCGGGAUAACUACGGGAAGAAGAAGAAGAGGAAAAGGGACAAGCAACCGGGAGAGACCAAUGAACACAGCGAAUGUUUCCUAAAUCCUUGCCUUUCACUUCCUCCGAUUACAGACCUGAGCGCUCCUAAGAAAUGCCGAGCGCGCUUUGGCCUUGAUCAACAGAAUAACUGGUGCGGCCCUUGCAGGAGAAAAAAAAAGUGCGUUCGCUACAUACAAGGUGAAGGCAGCUGCCUCAGCCCCCCCUCUUCAGAUGGAAGCCUACUAGACUCGCCUCCCCCCUCCCCGCACCUGCUAGGCUCCCCUCCCCCAGACGCCAAGUCACAGACUGAGCAGACACAGCCGCUCUCGCUGUCCCUGAAGCCCGACCCCCUGGCCCACCUGGCCAUGAUGCCUCCGCCGCCCGCGCUCCUGCUGGCCGAGGCCGCCCACGGCAAGGCCUCCGCCCUCUGUCCCAACGGGGCUCUGGACCUGCCACCUGCCGCCUUGCAGCCGCCCAUUGUCGCCUCGUCCUCGCUCGCACAGCCGUCAACAUCUUCCUUACAUUCCCACAGCUCGUUGGCCGGGACCCAGCCCCAGCCUCUCUCCCUCGUCACCAAGUCUUUAGAGUAACUUUCAGCCUCGUUAGCCCCGGGUGCUUUGUCGCGUGUUUCCUCUGGCUUUUCUUUCCUCCCUCCGCCUCGAAAGGUUUUGUUUUGUACUCUCUUAAUUUUGUGCCACGUGGCUACAUGAGUUGAUGUUUAUCGAGUUCAUUGGUCAAUAUUUGACCCAUUCUUAUUUCAAUUUCUCCUUUUAAAUAUGUAGAUGAGAGAAGAACCUCAUAAUUCUACCAAAAUUUUUAUCAACAGCUGUUGAAAGUCUUUGUAGCGUUUAAAAUAUAUAUAUAUAUACAUAACUGUUAUGUAGUUCGGAUAGCUUAGUUUUAAAAAGACUGAUGAAAAAAGCAAAAAGAAAAAAAAAACGAUUUUGAAGCACCCCUCCAGAAGGAGUUGGUUCUGUAUUAUUUGUAUUAAAUAUGAGCUUGCGAACCAAUCAUUUUACAUCUGGUUUUUCAACCACAAGCGCACGACGAAUGCAGUGCCGUUACCUUAUUUUUUUUCCCAGUGUGAAACAACUUUUAUUGUGAUGUUACUUGUUAUUGUUUAAAUGUACAGAAACAAAGGGUUAAAAUGUGUUAAUGUACCUUGCUCCAUGGUGUUGUUCUUUUUUGGGGGGGAGGGAUGCCACUCAACAAUGAAUGAAUCACAACGCUGUCGGACCAGUAGUAUUUAUUGCUUUAGAGAUUGCUUGUACCUGUACGUCGUCCCUUUUUAAAUAUGUUUUCCCUUUUCUUGAAACUGUAUAAAGUUUUCCCCCCUUAGCAUAAGCAUCUUAUAUAUAACAAUUCAUUUGUACAAGGUUUUUAAGUUUAUAUAUAAAAAUGUGUAUAUAUAUUUUUUGUUUCCCUUUUGGACCUUUUGUUCUCUUGUUUUUGGGUAUGUUUGUGGUUUUUUGUUGUUUGGGUUUUGUUUUUUUGUUUUGUUUUGUUUUUUGGUUUUCUGUCUUGCUGUAUGACACCCAGAUGCCGCCAGAUGGACAUUAACAGUUGCAUUAAAGGAUCAGUAGCAUUAACAAGAGUUGCUUUAAAAAAGCCAUUAUGUAAAACAAGACUUGAAAGUUAGCAGAGGGGAUCUUAGCGACGCUGUAUGAGCAGCAGUGGGAACUGCCCGGGUUUCCCCCUUUGAACUGCCAGUAAAUGCCCUGGCCCUUAGGACAUGGACUGACUGUGUGCAAAACUUUAUGUGCCAAAAUUCUCAGUGACUUUAGCUUUCUCCCUCUUUUUGAUGCUGUAAUUUUUGUUCAUCAUGUUUUUGCUGUGAUGUUACAUAGGUAGAUUUGUAUGUAGUUUUAAUGUCACCUAUAACAAAAUGUGUUUGGUAGCAGAUUGUCCAGAAAGCAUUUUAAAUGAAGAGGUGUAAACCCUUAAGGGCCAAAAUUCUGUAUAUUAGAUUACUCUUAAAGGAAAACCCAGCUGCCGCUUCUAUGUACACAUAUUACAUACAAGUAGGUAGCGAACUUUAAAAAUAAAAAAAACCUAGGCAUGUUGAUGUUGCAAAAUGCUGUAUAAAGCUGAAACCUGUUCAUUCAGUGCCAUUGUAGUUGACAUGAAGCGAUUGUAAAACUGUCUCCGAUUUUCUCUGGUUUAUUAAAAUGCUAACUAUAACAUUUUUUGUGAAUACUUUGAAUGUUUCCUAACAGUUGUGAUGUUACUGUUCCGUUUUAUGCUCUUAUUCCAAGUUCAUUUUUAAUGGUUUGGAAGCCAUUUUUGUAAUGAAUAAAUGUUCAUGCUGUACAGUAUCUGUAGCAUGCCGUUCUGGAUUAAUAAAAGCAACUUAGUAUGUGCAGAUAAA